CGGUAGUGGGCAGCGCUCGGGCGCCGCGAUCCGCCGAGGCCGCGUCACCGCCGCCGGGGACGAUGUCGCACUGCGGCGGCGCCGCCGCCGCCCGCCUCUUGGGCCGCUUCUUGCGCCUGCACCAGAAUGGAGUGCGACACUGCUCCUACUCAGCAUCAAGGAAAAAUCUGUGUAUUAGCAAAAACACAAAGGUUAUCUGCCAAGGUUUUACAGGCAAACAGGGCACCUUUCACAGCCAGCAGGCAUUGGACUAUGGUACCAAUCUAGUUGGAGGAACUUCUCCAGGAAAAGGAGGGAAAACUCAUCUGGGUUUGCCUGUUUUUAAUUCUGUGAAGGAGGCCAAAGAACAAACUGGUGCUUCUGCCACUGUUAUAUAUGUACCUCCUCCGUUUGCUGCUUCUGCGAUUAAUGAAGCAAUUGAUGCAGAAAUGCCAUUAGUUGUGUGCAUUACUGAAGGUAUUCCCCAGCAGGACAUGGUUCGGGUUAAACAUAGACUGCUUCGACAAGAUAAGACUCGACUAGUGGGCCCAAAUUGCCCUGGAGUCAUCAAUCCUGGAGAAUGUAAAAUUGGUAUCAUGCCUGGUCACAUUCACAAGAAGGGAAGAAUUGGUAUUGUGUCAAGAUCUGGCACCCUGACAUAUGAAGCUGUUCAUCAGACAACGCAAGUUGGAUUAGGGCAGUCUUUCUGUAUCGGAAUUGGAGGAGAUCCUUUCAAUGGAACUAAUUUUAUUGACUGCCUUGAUGUCUUCCUGAAGGAUCCUCAUACUGAGGGGAUCAUAUUGAUUGGAGAAAUUGGAGGAAAUGCUGAAGAAGAUGCAGCGGCAUUCUUGAAAGAAAAUAAUUCUGGUCCAAACGCCAAGCCAGUAGUGUCCUUCAUAGCUGGGCUGACUGCUCCUCCAGGCAGGCGGAUGGGUCAUGCUGGAGCAAUCAUUGCUGGGGGGAAGGGUGGAGCCAAAGAGAAGAUAGCAGCUCUUCAAAGCGCUGGUGUUGUGGUCAGCAUGUCUCCUGCUCAGCUAGGUAGCACCAUAUACAAGGAGUUUGAGAAGAGGAAAUUGCUGUAAGAGAAGACGCUUUGGAAUACUGUCUCCAAAAUAUCCGUGAAGCACCUGGCCUCCGCCUUCUUUUGUCUGCUAAUCUUCAGUUGCCCAGAUGACUGACACUGGUCUUUGGAUUUGACUUUGAAGCCAUAAACCUUUUGGCUAACCCUAUUUUGAUGUCUCUUUGGUUCAGACAUGAUCACCUAUUUGUAAAUCACACCAAAUUAAUAAAUCCACUACUAAACCUGAUUCAUCUUCUGAAUUCCUGAAGCAGAGCCAUUUCUUCAAUCAUCAUAAGAAAAAUCAGUCGACCUUGAAGGUUUGAAUCUUUUGUAACUUAAGCACUGCCCAUUUUAAAAUCACUUCUAGAGAUGCUUUUAAGGGUCAAGGCACUGACUUUAUGAACAUAUCAUUCUUUGCUUUAUUUUAAAAAAUAAAGUCUUAUUGUUUGUUAUUGGCAGUACAUUUGUUUGAAUGAUAGGCCAAAGUUUCCCUCCAUUAAACCAAAGCUGCUGGAUCUGAAGGGAUUGCUUGUUGAUUCAUGUAGCUGGAUAUGCCUGAAGUCUAGACUUCCUUUUGAAGGCUGAUGAACCAUGCACAGUGUAGUCCUCUCCUGGCAAGGAGUUCUGCUUGUUGUUGUGUGAAGAGAUGGAAUUCUUGUUCAUAAAUCUGAGUCAAAUUUCCCAUGCAAAAAUAUUUUCAAAAUGAUCUGUAACUAUGGAAAGGACUUGGGCUUUUGCUUACAUUAUAUUAAUUUCCUAUUUAACCUUAACUAGCACUGCAUUGCUUGUGUGUUCUGAAGUCCUAAAAGCAUUUGGUACAUAAUGGAGGAGAAUAAUUAUUCUCAGGAAAGAAUGUAAUAAGAUGUCUUUCUUGUUAAUCACUCCCUCCUCUGUAGUUCGAAGCCCCGUUUUACUCUGAAAUAGCCCAAACACAGUGCCUAUAAGUGAGUGUUACAAGUUUUAUCAGGAUAGACUAAACCCUAGAUUGCUUUCUUAAUACAGAGGACUGAAAUUUAGUUUAUGUAACCUGGCACUUGUCUAAAGCAAACUUUGUGUUCCAUAAAGGUGCUGUUACAAAUACUUGUGUUGUUAUUUGUUUAAAAGUGUUCUUAAUUUUCUCAUUCAAACACUUCUGGAAUUUUUCUUCCCAUUGCAAGCAAUGAGCAGGUAUCUUGAUGCUGACCUUUGCAGUUUGCAGAUCUAAGCCCUGAAGAAAUGCAUAAAAGAACAGGUCAUAUCUCUGCUGCACUGAAUAUAUAUUAAUAUGCCUCAUACACAGCAAGGCAUCAGUCAGAGGAUAUAGACCUGAGGACACAGAGACCAGAUACUGUAUUAUUCACCUUGGUAUGAAUUAGCAAAACCUGAUACCAUGCCACUAAAUGGUUAAAAGAUACACUGAGUGAUAAAUUAUUUGAUAAGGUCUAUGACAGCUAUUAAGAAUUUCUUACUAGAUCUGUACAGCUUUCAAGUGGUGCCUGAUUUGAAAAAAAGAAAAAGACCAAACAGUGGCCUUUAACUAGAGAAAUACCAAUGCUAAAAAGUCUCAGUCUGUGUAGCAGUGUGAUUCUUCAUCAGUGUAUGUCAGAAUAUUCCAGCUCUUCUAAUGAGCCUACUAAUCAAAAGUAACUCACCAUGGUGGUGGACUUCUCCACAACGUGUCUUUUGGGGAGGAGAGAGCUUGUUGCUGAACUGCCUGAAUUUCAUCAGUGUCGUCACCGUUGUAAUAGAUGAUCUGCCAGGACAGCUAAAGUGUAAUAUGCUGCUGCUAGAGAUUGCCCUAUGGAAGCUCUUGUAGAGGCACCAGCUGUAGUAGAAGAUAGCUGUAAAGCACAGUGACUGUUGUCCCCUGGGAAAAUGCUUCCUCCUGUCUUGAAAUCUGAGGAUGGGUUUAAAAACAUGACCUUGAUUGUAAUGUCUGUGUCAGUUGUCUGGUGCGGCAAGUGACUGGUUCUGUUGAAGCCCAGUAUAGCAAUCUGUACCAGGCUGGAACUCCUUCUUACCUGAUAGAAAAGCUUAAUUUUUAUAGCUUUUUGUUGCUGCCCGAAAAUGUACCCUUGAAAAAUACAUCAGAGCCCCUUAUGUUGCUGAUGAAAAUAUCUCUUUGGAAAAGAUAUUUGCAUCCAUUCAAUAUCAUACAGGCUUGUGAAUAAAUAUUUUGAAUAAUCUGA